GGCUGCAGGAGAUGAGUUUCUGCCACUAUUGCUCUCUCUCCUUCCUCCUCCUACUUUCUCCUCCUCCUCCUACCACUGCUCCUGUCUAUCUGUCCAGUCUGGGAAUGUUGACCAACGUGGCCUGAUCCAGUGCUGUAGUGUCCCCCCCUCCCCUACAGACGUUUUUGUCCCACGAGGAUCGGAACCGUCCUGAUCUGAUUUAUCUUUAAGGUUCUGCUCUUUUCACUGGGUAAACUCUCUAUACGCCUGAAAAAAGUUACUGAGAGGUCUCAGAAACGAUGGCGGUGGCUGGAUGUCCAGAUUACUUCCUGCAUCACCCAAAUUAUCAGCAGGACAACAUAGACCGCUCCUCCAAUCAUCGACAGGCUGAUCUAAUUCGUCCAAGCUUCCAGCAAUCAACCAAUCAGAGCUCUCCGAGCCAUCAAGAAGAUGACGUCGACUUAGAGGCACUGGUGAAUGAUAUGAACUCGUCGCUGGAGAGUCUGUACUCCACCUGCAGUGGCCAGCAGACAGAGAUAACACCACUACUGCACAAUGGGCAGAACUCUUAUUCACAGCAUCACCACAACCAUCAUCAUCACCACCACCAUCAUCAUAACACCCAUCACGGCCAACAAAGGCAUCACCACUCCUCUCAGGUGCUGAGCCACGUCUCCCCAGAGCCUCACUCCUCCUCUUCGAAUGUGGAACCCCCUCAGACUAAGCUGAGACGCUCACAGCCCAUGCACAUCCUAGCCGUCAGGAAGCUUCAAGAGGAGGAGCAGCAGUUCAGGACGUCAUCUCUCCCAGCCAUCCCAAACCCUUUCCCUGAGCUCUGCAGCCCAGCAGGCUCCCCAGUCCUCAGCCCUGGGUCACUACCUCCUGGAGAGCCAUCUUCAGGCAAACAUAUUGUGAAGAUCUUCAGUGAGGAUGGCAUCGCCAAAGUUGUGGAGAUACCAGCUGAUAUGACGGUCAGGGAUCUGUGCCAGCUUCUGGUUUAUAAAAGCCACUGUGUGGAUGACAACAGUUGGGCACUUGUUGAACACCACCCACUGCUAGGACUAGAGCGUUGCCUGGAAGACCAUGAGCUGGUGGUUCAGGUCCAGGCCUCCAUGAGCAGCGACAGCAGAUUCCUCUUCAGGAAGAACUAUGCCAAAUAUGAAUUCUUCAGAAACCCCCUGACAUUUUUCCCAGAGCACAUGGUAGCGUGGUGCCAGGAAAGCAAUCAUACAAUUCCACCAUCUCAGCUCCUUCAGAACUUCCUUUCACCCAGCACCUGCCCAGAGAUCCAGGGUCAUUUGUACAUGAAAGAGGUGGGAAGGAAGUCUUGGAAGAAGGUUUACAUGUUCCUCCGCCGCUCAGGACUCUACUGUUCUACAAAAGGAACCUCAAAGGAGCCCAGACAUUUACAGUUACUAGCAGACCUGGAGGACAGCAGCAUCUUCACUGUCAUCACAGCCAAAAAGCAGCACGGUGCACCCACAGACUUCACCUUCUGUAUCAAACCCAAUAAAGCCAGGGGAGAAAUGAAGGAGCUGAGGAUGCUGUGUGCAGAGGACGAACAAAGCCGGACCUGUUGGAUGAGUGCUUUCCGAAUCUUUAAGUAUGGGAUCGUCUUAUACCAGAACUAUAAGGUUCCUCAACAAAGAAAAACGUUGCUUUCACACUUUUCAGCUCCUGUGAGGAGUGUAUCGGAAAACUCCCUUGUUGCAAUGGAUUUCUCAGGGAGGAUAGGCCGGGUGAUUGAUAACCCAGUCGAAGCUCAGAGUGCUGCCAUGGAGGAGGGACAUGUGUGGCGGAAGAGAAAUCGAGUGAAUGCUUUAGGUUCCCACAGUCCCUUACACCAAUCUUCACUAAGCUCAGUCAUCCACAUCGCUCAGCUGUGGUUCUAUGGCAGGAUAACUAGAGAGGAGUCCCAUCGUAUUAUCCACCAGCAGGGAGCGGUAGAUGGGUUGUUUCUGCUGAGAGUCAGUCAGAGUAAUCCAAAGGCUUUUGUACUCACGUUGUGCCAUCAUCAGAAAAUCAAACAUUUUCAGAUCCUACCGUGUGAAGAGGAUGGCCAAGUCUUCUUCAGCCUCGAUGAUGGCGUAACCAAAUUCACAGACCUGAUUCAGCUAGUGGAGUUCUACCAGCUCAACAGAGGGGUCCUGCCUUGUAAACUAAAACACCCUUGCACCGUUGUGGCCUUAUGACACCUCCAGACUAUGUGACUGUCUGAAAAAUUGAUCUGAAUUUGCCUGAAAGUAUCAGACAAAGCAGAAAGGAUCUCUCCUUCUUUCUAUGGUUAACCUUUCCAAGAAGCUGGUGAAUUGACUGAUGUUUCGCUGUCGUCGUUUUCUAUUGUGAGCCUGCUGGAGGUUUGCUGACUGGCUGGAUUUUAUUUUAUUUUUUCUCAUUUUUAUCCUUUUUUUCUUGGACCUUUUAUGGAAACUGGUGCACGACUCGCUCCUUUGGUUUCACUUUUAAGAAAAAAUGACAAAGACUAAAGAUAUAAACACUGCCGUUUUGUGUCGUCACUGUUGCAAAUCGCUCCAUGAGAUGCCAACAAAACUCAUCAAUAAGCUUGUGGGACUCGAGGCCUUCUCUCAGAGCUCAAGAAAAGAAACUGGACAAUCAGCAGGACAGUUAAAGCUUUUGUGUCGACCACUCUGUUUCCUUCCAACAAACUGCAGUGUCAUGCAAGCUGUUAUUGACACGUUUUCAAAGUACAAACCACAGAUGGAGACUUUAUUUCCUGUUGGUUUUUAACUCAGUACAGGUGCAUAUGGCCUUUAACUGUACAAGGCAUUUCCUCUGGCGCAAUACUCAACCAGAUAAGAUGCCACUCCUCUAUGAUGUUAGUGGCAUGAAUGGAAAUGUUCAAAAUUUACUGCUAAUUAGAUCUGAAGGCACCUGCAUUCAAUCCCGCCUAAUCUUUGCAAUAAUAAUAAUAAUGUUAAAUCUGCACUGUUCACACUUCUAGACAUGUUUUUAUUCUUUACAAUUACUCUUUCUUUAAUAAUUCAGUUUUUAUGUCUUAUCUCCCCACCAUCUGAAUGUUUUUUAGAUCUAUAUUUGUCACAUUAGCCACAACAGAUCACUUGGUGCUUAUUAUUCUGGAUUGGGGCGUUAAAGAUCUUUGCUUGGAAAUAUCAAAAAAAAAAAAAGAUCCAUUCACAGAUGAACUGAGUGGUUCAGGUUAAAGUGUCCAGCAGCAGUCAGAGGAGCUUUAGCCAGACAGACAGCUAAUUGUAUUGUUGAGUAUCUUAUAAGUUCAGGUAUUUAGUAUAAGCAGACUGGGACUCGGACUGUAUUGCUUUUUAGAAGGCUGCAUUCAUAGAAAUUUUCCGUUGAUUAAACUGGGUCGUUUUAAGCUUCAGAUGAAGAAACAUGAGGAUGAAUUCUGUCAUUGGAAUUUCCCCCAAACAUCUGUACUUUCACACUGGACUAAGACUGCAAUGCAGCACUAAAACUGGCCUCAGCAGGUUCCUGGAAAGGUAUCCAAUGUUUUCCAUAUAAGACCUGAUGGAGGCUUAAGUUCUCCACCUGUUUUUAGCAGAACUAUGUUACGGUAUUUAAACUUGGCUACUCUCUCAGGUCGGCAACGCUGAGUGGAGGGAAGCAAUCACAUCUCUAAAAUGUAAAGAUCACAUCUCUAAAUUGUGCAUGUGGGGUUCUUGUUAUGACAUAGGGGGUUGGGAGGUUGUAGGUUUAUAAAUCUGAAUAAAAAAAAUAAAAAGAUUUUUAAAGAGAAGCAUUUUCUUCAUAUAUAGAUAUAAGAAUGAGAGAAAAAUAAGAGGAAGAAAAGGUGCAAUUAUAGCUUUAUAUUGUGUAUAAUGUAAUUAUUCAAUGUAGCUCAAUAAUUACAUUCAAUGCAUAAUUGAAUGUUGUUUAUUAUCUAAAUUUACAAUAGAUUACUGAUAUAAAAUAAAACAUUUGGCUUUGAUAACCCCAGCAAACCUUCCGGAGGCGAGAUCUAUUAACAACAGCACAUUUUCUGCUACAUGGUACUUUGCACCGCAGUUGCCUUCAAGAUUCAGAUCCAUUUUCAAAGAUUUGGCAACGCACUGAGAUCCUGGAGACGUUUAGAUACUCUUAUUCCAGUGUGAAACGGGCCUCACCAUAUGACAGGAAACAGGCAGGAUUCUAUAGAUUCUGUGAGCAUCAUUAUUACCAGAUCAUGCCCUGUUCAGUUUUUCAUUUGCUCGAUUAACUACCACCUGAAAACAGCCUGUCUAGAAAUAUGGUGUAGUGUCCUCUGUAAAGUGGCCUUUUAACCCUUUGGCUUAUCUGUACACAAACAAUAUUAAACAAGUCAUUCUUACAUUAAAUGAAAAGUCUAUAGAAGCUGCUGGUGUUAGAAAAUCUAUUUAAACAGAAGCACAUUUGAAAUACAUUUAAUACACAGGUUGUAAACCCUCUCUGCCUCAUUCAUUCAUUCAUCAUACAGAAUAUAAACUGCUUUUGAAUGUCGCUAAUAGGAGAUGGAUUGUUUGAGAUAAUGUUAGUGGGGUCUAAUGUAAUUCUUUCAAGUAAUGCCUGUUUAUUUGUGUUUCAUUUUCAUAUCAGUCUGUAUAACAGCAGGAGUUGUCGCUGAAAAUGUUUUCUUGAAAAGAUUGCUCAUUUGGUUCCCCUUUGUAAUUGUUUAAGACCGUGUUUCUUUUUUUCUUUCCAGCUUAUUUCGAGCUAAUGAGUUUCACUGCUGCAGUUGUAUUUUUGCUUUUUAUAAACAGGAAAUUAGUGAAAGGCAAAACCCAGUUAACUGUAAACUCAAUGUAUAAGCUUGAAGCUCUUGUUUUUUAUUCUUCCUUUUUGUCACUUCACACAGGCCGCCGCCAAUGUUUAGAAUAUCCUGCUGUGAAAUGUCUCUCAUUAAUAGCAGUCUUUUAUCAUUUGUUUUCUCUAGUCUAGGGCUUUUUUUUGGUUGCCUUGUUUAACUAAACAGCUGGUACUUUUGUUUUUUUAAAUACACGUACGUUUGUGAACCGACAGCCAUCUUUUUUUGACCAGCAGGUUGUUAAAGGAUUUGUUUAUGAACUGAGAUGCAGAAACGCAGCACUACGUUGUCCCUCUGUGUAAGGUUGUCAUAAUUUAUCUAAGAUGCAAUGCCAUUUUUAUUUCUUUUUUUUAUUAUUUGUUUGUCUGGUUUUUAUUGAUGCAGCGAUGUGUAUUUAUUUAUCAGGUUGUGACUGAUUACUUGAAAAUUUUAGAUUAUUUUUGUUCUUUCUCAGCGCUGUUCUCUACUGUUUUCACUUGUCAUUACCAUGCAAUCAUUGUGACUAUUGUAAUUGUAAGGACAUUACCUGAAUUGAUGUUUUUAGUUUUUGUCUUGAAUACUUUAAAAAAAAAAAAAUUAGAGAUUCACAAAUCAGAAUUUUGUGGCCAUUCUCUCCCAUUUUAUUUUGGACCAUCACAUACUCUUUUUAGCCUCCAGUUAAUCUAAGAAAUAUAAGACAGGAUGACGUAAAAACAGAAUUUAAGUAUAAUUAUUAAGCCUUCUGUUUGCGGGUGUUCAAUAAUUGUUUAUAUAGGAGCAGGGGGAAUGUCACACCAAUGUGUAGGAGAAAUCAUACAAAACCUGCCCUGCUGAUUGUUUCUAACAAAGACAAAAUAAUAAUGGGUUUUUAAAUUUGUUUACCAAUUUAUAAUGAUGGGUUGCAAAAUUAGUGGUACUAAAACUGCUGUAAAACAA